AUGUCAGUCUAUAACCAUCGUCCCAUGGUACCUGCGCCACAAAGCCGUGUCGUUGAAAUGUUGGACUCGAUACGAGGUGAAUUUGACCAAUUGGCUCAGGAAUUGUAUGUCUGUAAAUCGCAGAGAGACGAUUUCGAACACAAGAUGAAUCAACAAAUCUCUGAAAUGAACAGUUUUCAACAAAGUUUAUUAGAGCUUGAGCGCACUCAACAGAGCCAAAAGAAGCAUUACGAGGAUGAAAUUGCAAGGCUUCGUCAGCAAAUUGAAAGUCGUGGUGGACAUCCUGGCAUGCCUUUGUCUGGUCAUCCUCAGCAACCACCUCACCCUCAGCAGCAGCAGCAACAACAGCAGCAGCAGCAACCACCCCAUCCUCAGCAACAACAACAAUCACAUCAACCACCACCUCCCAACAUUGGGCCUGGCUCCAAUUACUUUGGUGGCAUCAUGAACGCCCAUGGCAAUCAAGGGCCUCCAGGCCUUGUUGCUCCACCUCAGAUGGCCGAGCAAUCGCCCAAUGGACCUCAACAAGUGCCUCCACCUCAACAUGGCUAUAAUCCAUCAUCUCAACCUCCUCCUCCCUCUGCAGUUGCCAAUUCCUCAGCAGGCGCUUACAUGAACGGUGGCUCCAAUGCUCCUCCACCUCCAUUACAACAGCAACCACCUAAUGCUGGCUAUGGUCAAUCACCUAAUCGAGGUAUACCGACACCACCUGCGUCUGCUCAUCCUCAGCAGCAGCAGAGACAGCAACAGCAACAAGAGUGGGGUAACGGAUAUGGCGGCAACUAUCCCAACCGUCCCGGUUCAUCAGCGGGCCCUCCACCUCCUCAACAGCAACCUUCUCAAGACUCACCCAACAUGAAACGUAAAUCUACUUCAUCUGUACCUACUCCACCCCAAACUGUAAAUACUGCCAUGGUGCCUCGCGGUGCCGGUGCUCCACCUAACAACAAGAUUGCCAGUCCUUCUACAACAAACGCACAACAACAGGGAGGUUUAGCUGAUGUUGAUCCCGAAAGCGUACCAGCCAACAUGAAAGUGGAAGGUCAAGAUUGGUUUGCACUAUUCAACCCCAAGACAUCUCGCCAAUUGAAGGUGGAUUUAGUUCAUACAUUGGAUCAUCCCAGCGUCGUUUGUUGUGUUAAAUUUAGUGCAGAUGGCCGCUAUCUUGCCGCUGGUUGUAACCGUGCUACAUUUAUCUAUGAUGUUGCCACAUCACAAAGAGUUGCUGUCUUGCAAGACGACAAUAUCAAGAUUGAAGGAGAUUUGUACAUUCGCUCCGUUUGCUUCAGUCCUGAUGGCAAUUACCUUGCCACAGGAGCAGAGGACAUGCAAAUUAGAAUCUGGGACAUUCAAAAGAAACGCAUUAGAAACAUUCUUGUAGGCCAUCAACAAGACAUCUACUCUCUAGACUUUAGUCGUGAUGGGCGUAUGAUUGCAUCUGGUUCUGGUGAUUGCACAGCACGAAUUUGGAGUAUGGCAGACGGCAAAUGUCUUCAUGUGCUUCGCAUUACAGAUCAUGAUCAAAAGGAUCCUGGAGUGACGAGUGUCGCUUUCUCGCCCGAUGGUCGUGUCAUUGCUGCUGCUAGUUUGGAUAAAAUGGUCAGAAUCUGGGAUACACAGUCUGGUGUGCUUUUUGAAAGAUUGGAAGGCCAUAAGGAUAGCGUUUACUCUGUUGCUUUUAUGCCAGACGGUAAAAUGCUUGUGAGUGGUAGUUUAGAUAAGACACUCAAAUUAUGGCAGUUGGGCACCAACGAAGGUCGUGGUAUGGGUAUGGAUAGAGACAGAAGCAAAGGUCCUUGUAAAAUGACCUUUAGUGGCCAUAAAGACUUUGUUCUCUCUGUCGGUUGUACUCCAGAUGGUCGUUGGGUGGUUUCCGGCUCCAAGGAUCGUGGCGUGCAAUUCUGGGACCCUCGUACCGGUCAAACACAAUUCAUGUUGCAAGGACACAAAAACUCUGUCAUUUCUGUUGCCAUUAGCCCAUCGGGAAGACCUCUCUUUGCUACAGGUUCUGGUGAUAAUCGCGCCAGAAUUUGGAGCUAUGAUCCUAUCAAUGCUUAA